GCUCCCGCGCGCGGAGGGGGAGAGGGAAGGGGGGGCGGGUGGCUGGCGGGGCGCGUGGGGGAGGGGCGGCGCUGACAGGGCUAUGCCGAGCCGGGCCCUGCCCGCGCCAGACGCUGCCUGAGCCCUAAUCCCUGCCUUGGCAGCAGCGGCCGCCGCGAGCAGCAGUUGUGCCGAGCGAGCGGACGAGCGAGCGCUAGCCGCCGGGCCGGGGCCACCAUGGCUGAGCCCUCGGCCUCUUCGAGCUGCGGCGGCGGCGGCGUGUCCCUGCCGCUCAUUGAAUCAGAGCUCUACUUCCUCAUAGCUCGGUUCCUGACCACCGGGCCCUGCAGGAGAGCACUGGAGGUGCUGGUGCAGGAGCUGGAGCAGCACCAGUUGCUUCCUAAAAGGUUGGAUUGGGAAGGAAAUGAGCAUUAUAGAAGUUAUGAAGAAUUGGUGCUAUCCAACAAACAUGUGGCUCCAGAUCAUUUGUUACAAAUUUGCAAGCGUAUUGGCCCUAUACUGGAUAAGGAGAUACCGCCCAGCAUUUCGAGAGUGAAUUCCUUACUCGGUGCAGGGAGGCAGUCAUUGUUACGUACAGCAAAAGAUUGCAGGAACACUGUUUGGAAGGGCUCUGCUUUUGCUGCUCUUCAUAGAGGAAGACCUCCUGAAAUUCCUGUAAACUAUGGCAUGUCACCGAAUCUUGUGGAAGUAUAUCGAGCAAAACAACUAACUGGAUAUGCCAAGUUUAGUACUUCAUUUCCAGGAAGUAUGUAUCAACAUAUAAAAAUGCACAGACGGAUUCUUGGCCAUCUUUCUGCUGUAUACUGUGUUGCAUUCGAUAGGACUGGACAUAGAAUAUUUACUGGCUCAGAUGACUGCUUGGUAAAAAUUUGGUCAACUCAUAACGGUCGGUUAUUUGCCACAUUGCGAGGACAUUCGGCAGAGAUUUCAGAUAUGGCUGUCAAUUAUGAAAACACUAUGAUUGCAGCUGGAAGUUGUGAUAAAAUGAUCAGAGUGUGGUGUCUCAGAACUUGUGCACCGGUUGCUGUCCUCCAUGGACACACAGGGUCCAUUACCUCAUUGCAGUUUAGUCCAAUGGCUAAAGGAUCCAUGCGAUACAUGGUCUCUACUGGUGCAGAUGGAACUGUUUGCUUUUGGCAAUGGGAUACAGAUACCAUGAAAUUCAGCAAUCGACCAGUGAAAUUCACAGAGAAACCUAGGCCAGGAGUUCAGAUGCUUUGUUCUUCGUUCAGUGUAGGUGGUAUGUUUUUAGCAACUGGCAGUACUGACCAUGUCAUCAGGAUGUAUUUUUUUGGCUCUGAAACACCUGAGAAAAUAGCUGAAUUGGAAAGUCAUGCUGACAAAGUUGACAGCAUUCAGUUUUCUAAUAGUGGUGAUAGGUUCAUAAGUGGCAGCAGAGAUGGAACAGCUCGAAUCUGGCGUUUUGAACAAGCAGAAUGGAGGAGUAUUUUGUUGGAUAUGGCUGAUCGAUUACCAGGUAGUGAUUCAUGUUCAGAAGAAGACAAAUUUAUGAAGCCUAAAGUAACCAUGAUAGCGUGGAACCAGAAUGAUAACUAUGUUGUUACGGCUGUGAAUAAUCAUCUGCUCAAAGUUUGGAAUUCCUGUACAGGGCAGUUGCUUCAUGAUUUGGUGGGGCAUGCAGAUGAAGUAUUUGUCUUGGAGACCCAUCCUUUUGAUUCCAGGAUUAUGUUGUCUGCGGGUCACGAUGGCAACAUCUUUAUAUGGGACAUUACAAAAGGCACAAAAACAAAGCAUUAUUUUAACAUGAUUGAAGGCCAAGGACACGGUGCUGUUUUUGACUGUAAAUUUUCACCAGAUGGGCAGCAUUUUGCAUGUACAGAUUCUCAUGGGCAUCUGUUGAUAUUUGGGUUUGGCUGUAGCCGGCCUUAUGAAAAGAUUCCUGAUCAGAUGUUCUUCCACACUGAUUAUCGACCACUUAUUCGAGACUCUAACAACUAUGUCCUAGAUGAGCAGACUCAACAGGCUCCUCAUCUCAUGCCCCCUCCCUUCUUAGUAGAUGUGGAUGGAAACCCUCAUCCAACAAAAUAUCAAAGAUUGGUUCCGGGAAGAGAGAAUUGUGCAGAUGAACAUUUGAUUCCUCAACUUGGAUAUGUCGCAACAAGUGAUGGAGAAGUGGUUGAACAAGUUAUAGGCCAGCAGACAAUUGAUCAGGAUGAACAAGGCUUGGAGCCUAGCAUUCUUGAUGGCAUGAUUAGACAGUUACAACAACAACAAGACCAAAGAGCUGGAGCAGAUCAAGAACCUGCUUCAAGUGGUCCACAAAAUGGAGAAGGAACGCCUAGAAGAGCUUUUAGAAGACCAAGUUUAGACAUCCAGUCUCCUCCAAAUAUUGGUCUGCGGCGUAGUGGGCAAGUUGAAGGUGUGCGUCAGAUGCAUCAGAAUGCUCCACGAAGUCAGAUGGCUACUGAGCGAGACCUUCAAGCUUGGAGGCGAAGAGUUGUUGUACCAGAAAUACCACCAACCUCACUAAGGAAGCAGGAAGAAUAUCGAAUUGCAAAAGGAGAAGAGGAGCAAGAUCUUUAUGCAACAGAGAAGAAAAGAAAGUCAUUCCAGUCAGAAAAGAGUGACUCUGAGUCUUCAUUAAUACAGUCUAAGCGUAGACUGCAUAGACGCAAAUAUCCAAAUUACCGAACACGGAAUAAUAUUGAACAACUUGAUUCAUCUGAUGAGGAAAGAGAUGACUGCUUUGGCUUGAUAGAGCAAGAAGCUGAAGAAAGUGAAGGCUCUGGCUCAUCAGAUGAAGAGGAGGAAUGGAGAAGUGACAAGAAAAGCAACAGUAAUAGUUCUAGUGAUUCUUCAAGUAGGUACUCUGACUGGAUCGCUGACGCAGGGAUUAAUCUUCAGCCUCCUGUACGGACUUCUCGAAGGAAAGCUAUCAGAUAUUGCAGUACUUCAGAAGAUGAAGUAUCAGCAGAGAAGUCAUCUCCUCCAAAGAGAAGAAGAAAAAGAAGAAAAAAGCCCAAACCAAAAAAGCAGGAAGAGGCUGGUGCUCCAACACAGCUGAUAAACUCGGAAUUGUCAUAUGACUGGCAUCCUCCUGUUUGGAUAACAGACACAGCUCUUAGAAGAUCUCCAUUUGUACCUCAGAUGGGCGAUGAGGUAAUAUAUUUUCGGCAAGGGCAUGAAGCUUACAUUGAAGCCGUUAGAAGAAAUAACAUUUAUGAACUGAACCCACACAAGGAGCCAUGGAGAAAAGUAGUGCUUAGGGAUCAGGAGUUGGUAAAAAUUGUUGGAAUUAGAUACGAAGUUGGUCCUCCCACGCUGUGUUGCCUCAAGCUUGCUUUUAUAGAUCAUGCUACUGGAAAACAUACAGACAAAUCAUUUUCCAUCAAAUACCAUGAUAUGCCAGACGUUAUCGACUUCCUUAUAUUGCGUCAGUUCUAUGAUGAAGCACGACAAAGAAACUGGCAAGCUUCUGACAGGUUCCGAUCCAUUAUUGAUGAUGCAUGGUGGUUUGGAACAGUGUUGGGUCAAGAACCAUAUCAGCCUCAAUAUCCAGAUAGUCACUUUCAGUGUUACAGUGUUAAAUGGGACAAUGGUGAAAAUGAAAAGCUUAGUCCGUGGGACCUGGAACCAGUCCCUGAUAAUGUUGAUCAGCCUGAAGAAUUAGGAGCUAGUGUUUCCGUGACCUUUGACGAAAUGGAGAAGCUACUAUACAAACCCCAAGAAGGGGAGUGGGGGAUGCGAUCUCGUGACGAAGCAUGUGAGCGGAUUAUCCGUGGUAUUGAUCAGCUUCUGACUCUUGACAUGUCAGCAGCUUUUGCUGGUCCAGUUGACCUGUGUAUAUAUCCCAAGUACUGUACUGUGAUUGCUUAUCCAACAGACCUAAACACUAUUCGGACAAGAUUGGCUAACCGAUUUUACAGGAGAAUCUCAGCAUUGGUUUGGGAAGUAAGAUACAUUGAAAGCAAUGCCAGGACUUUCAAUGAACCUGGGAGUGCUAUUGCUAGAGCUGCAAAGAAGAUCACUACACAACUCUUAAAGUUUAUCAAUGAUCAGGAUUGUACAAACAUUUUUGAACUGUGUAGCACAACAGAAGAUGAGCGAGAUGAUCUUGAUGAUCUGGAUGAUGAGAAAUGUCUUCCGAGAACUUCAUAUAGACGAAGAAAAAGACGGGUUUUAAAAAGAGGAAAAAGCAUGAAAACUGGCUAUGAUGAAAAUAGUUGGAAGAAACAGUGUAUGGAACUGGUGAACUUAAUUUUCCAGUGUGAAGAUUCUGAACCUUUUAGGCAGCCAGUUGAUUUGGAUCAAUAUCCUGAUUAUAGGCAUAUCAUAGACACUCCAAUGGACUUUGGUACAGUGAAAGAAACGCUGGAAGCUGGGAAUUAUGACACUCCAAUGGAACUGUGCAAAGAUAUAAGACUAAUAUUUAGUAAUGCAAAAUCUUACACUCCAAACAAAAAAUCAAAGAUUUAUAGCAUGACCUUGAGAUUGUCAGCAUUAUUUGAAGAGAAAAUGAGAAGAAUCGUUUCAGAUUUCAAGAAUGGUCAGAAGCAGAAUGAAAAACUACGCAAAAAACAGAGAUAUACUAGAAGACUUCAGAGUCAAAGCUCAGUUCAGCCUCCUACCAAAACACUCAGAAAUUUGAAGCAGAAACCAUUAAAAUCUCAGGCAAAAAUUGAAUCUGAGCAGGAAGAUUCUUUUACUCUACCUACCUCAAGCAGAGCCGCUUGUGUAACAAGCCAUAAAGUGAAUGCUAGCAAUUACGUCCAUAGUUCCUCUGGUGAAUCUUCUGAUUCUGCAUGCCUGGCAUCCUUUGAAAGGAAUGGAAAGGCUAGAUCUACAACACUAACAAAUUGUUCUGCUUUGUCAUCAGAAAGUGAAAUAGAAGGUUCUUUGGUUUCUUCUUCCUCUUCAUCCUCUACAAGUAGCUCAGAAGACAGCAAAGAAAGCUCCGCGAUUCUUGUGUCACCCCCACUACACAAUGGUAUAUCUAGAAGAAAGAAUAACAAUUUCAGGAUAACUAGAAAUCGAGCUGCUCAAAGAAAACAAAUAGGAAUGCUUCCGCAGGAGAAUGGGAAUACGAGAAGAACUGCCAGGAAAAGGUUGUAUGGAAGUGACUCUGAAAAUACUUCAGUGGUGACAUCUGAGUCACUGAGUAAUAGUACUGGUCGACAUAGAAAAAUUCCACGCAGAAGUGCUGCUGUGGCUGCUAAUAAAUUAAAGCUAAUGAGUGACGUGGAGGAAGAGGUUUCGAGCUCAGAAAGUAUCGGCAUUGGAUGCAAGAAUAGAAGACUGCCUCACCGGAAUGCCUCAGCUGCAGCCAGGCGAAUGUUACUGGAUGGGUCUGAGGAUGAUGUAGGUCUAAAAUCUGAAAGUGAAAAAGAAGGAGAAGAACAGUUUACCAAGAAGAAGAUUCUUUCUCAACCCGGUUCAUCUGCUGCAAGAAGAAAAUUCAUUAGUGAAUCUGAAAAUGCAACAUCAGAUUCUGAGACAGAUACACAAAUGAAGCAGAAAAACUGGCAAAGCAAUGGCCAUAAACAGUUGCGUGGGACAGUCCAUUCUGUAUCUCCCAAAACAAAAAGUCCCAUACUAGAAUUGUCGGAGGAGGACUCCAAAAGCCAUAAUUCAGAGGAUGGGAGCAGUCAGAAAGUUUCUGACCAGUCAACGUCUGCACAUAAGCCUGCAGUGAGCAACUCUGAGGAUGAAGUAGAUUCUGAAUCAGAGAGGUGGAACAGCAGAAAAACGACUGAUCAGCAGCUUGUUGCUCCUUUAAAAAAAGCAAAAGUCUUGAGUGAGUUAGAGGACACAGCAGAAUCUGAAAGAGAAGAAAGGAAGGAUGGGAGAAGUUUUGUUUCAGAGAGCUUGGUGCCAUCUAGAGUUGCAGGGAGUUCAAAAUCUGGAGCUGGUGCCAGCUUCAAUUGUUCUUCUGAUACAGAAUCUGAAACAGAUUCCAAUAAGAGUAAUUACUGUGACACUUCAAAAACAAAAAGGAGGAAAAGAAAAGGAAAAACAAAAAUCAUUAGAAAAGAAUCAGCAUCUGAGGAGACUGGACAAAGUGGAAAAGUGCUCAGGAGCAGGACAUGCAUAAUUAACUACAAAAAACAUAUAAAGCUGUCUAAUGUGACUGAGAAGAAAAAUCCACGCAGAUGUGCUACUUUGGCAGCUAAUAAGAUUAAGAUAAUGAGUGAUACAAAGGAAGAGUUAUCAAGCUCAGAAAGUGUUUGCACAGGAAAAAAGAACAGAAGGCAGCUUCAUGGCAAUGGGUCAGCAGCAUCCAGGAAGAAACUGAUCAGCAGCUCCGAGAGAGAUGUUAGUUUAAAGUCCGAAAGUGAGAAAGAACAGUUUGCUGGCAGAAAAAAACUUUCUUGCUCUAAUUCUACUUUUAAAAGAAAAUACAUUAGUGAAUCUGAAAAUGAAAAAACAGAUUCUGAGGCAGAGAUGAAAAUGACUCGAAAGCAGAAUGAUGAUAACUGCAAGCAGCCGCACGGAACAGUCCAUGCUGCAUCUCUUAAAAAUGCCAUAUAUGACUUUUCAGAGGAGAAUUCCAGAAACCACAAUGUAGAAAAUGGGAAAAAUUGGAAAACUUCUACUCAGUCUAUUUCAGCCCACAACCACUGUAAAGUGAGCAACUCUGAAGAUGAGGCAGAUUCCGAGUUAGCCAAACGUGAAACUAAAAAUAUCAAAGAGGUAUCGAAUAAAAAAUCUAGAACUCCUUUCAAAAGAGCAAAAUUAUUGAAUGAUUUAAAAGAAACAGCAGAAUCUGAAGCAGGGGGGAGGAAAGAUGAGAAAAGCUCAGUAUCGGAGAAUGUGGAAACACCUGGGACUGCAGGAAGUUCAAAAGCCAGUUUCAAUUGUUCUUCUGAUUCAGACUGUGGAACUGAUAACAAUAACUCUAGUGAUGCCACAGAAACAAAAAAGAGGAAAAGAAAAGCAGAAGUCAUUAGAAAGGAAAUCUCAAACUCCAAUUUGCCUAAGCCUUCCAGAAGACCCCAGCGAAGGAAACGCCGUAAACUUAAUCAAGAAAAUGACUCUGAAGAUUUGGAUUACACCAAAUAUAGAAGAGCUAAUCGGCGUUCUAAGAUAAGAACUCGAAAUGGGGGUAAACGGACUGUGAGAUAUGACGAUUGUGACGACGACGAUGAUGACGACAGAGGUUUAGAUGACAUAGAUUGUGAAACGUAACCUUAAAAAGAAAAGCCAGCACACUUUUUUUUUUUUUUUUAUGGUAAUAGCACUAGAACUCAUGAUGGAUGCUGGCUCUUCUUUGUCCUACAUUUCAGGGAAUAUAUUUAUAUUUUUCUAUGAAAAAGUUAUGAAUGUGAUUACAUUAUGACUUUCUCCUUUUCAUAUUUUGACUUGCACUUGCCUGCCCAUGUAGCAGCAUUUAGCACAGAUGCCAAAAUGUGCCUCAUUAUAGGGGCAAUUUUUUGUCUUUACUGGUAUUUUAUUACAUAUAACAAGAGUUAAAAAUGUUAAAACACUGCACAACAGGUUAAUAGCAGUAUGUUGAGUAUUAUUGUUAUGGGUGCUGCAAUGGAAUACUACCUAGGUCAUACAACAUUAACACAUUCAAGAACAGAUUUCAAACAUCUCUAAUGCUGUAUGAAAUCAUAUACAAUAGUAACAGGCUUAUAAAACUGUACACUAUAAAAGUCUGGUGGAUGCUGAUACUGCAUCAGAAGAGUAAUGAACGGUCACUAGGUUAAUAACAUUACAGCUUGUAUUAGUACAGAUGUUAAAUGUUCUGUACUUCCAUUAUUGAAAACAUACAACUAGAACCAGUUACCAGUUAAUAGCGUAUUUGCCAGUUAAAAAGGCAUAAUGGUGCUGGUAAAGAGAGGGUUUAUGCUGACAGGUAGUACUAUCAUCAUUAAUGUGACUUCUAUACUGUAAAUUUAAGAAUAUGAAAUGCAGGUGAACUCUUGGGCCUAAGGGUUUUUGUGUGUUUUCUUUAUAAAAUAGAAAAACAAACAAAACACUUGUUCUGUUUUUUUUAUGCGUGAAAUGAUUGAGGUUCAUAAUCCUUACAUUCCGGACCUUUUUGCUAUUUCUCCAUUGUUCUUCCAUAUUUAAACUCUAAGUGCUUUAAUAUUAGACUGCUGCAUUGAUUAAACCUUAAUCAGUUUCUGAUUACUGUAGUACCUCAUCUACCUAUUUUUGGAAUGUAUAAGACAGCUGUUGUUGCCAACAAAUAAUUAUUGCAUAGAAGAUGGGAAAAUAUUUCUCCUGUUAAAAUGUAUAAAUUCUUGGAUGGCCAUGUGUCAGAUAAAAGAAUGCAUAGCACCUAAUUUGACUCCAAACUCUUAUCUAACUCUUCCUGAGGUGUGCUUAGUUUAGUAGAGAACUGGUCAAGGAGCAGCUUUUCACUUCCCCUCAGUCAGUAGAAAACUUGCUGCAAUAGCUGUAGCUGCUUACUGGCUUGAUGACAUGUACUUGUGGAGCUGUGCUGGCUGAAGCUGAAGGUUACUGCCUUCAACCCAACACUAGCUGCUUGGUGAUUUCUGCUCCUUUCCCACUCUCCACCAUAGUUUUCCUGCCUCUGCUCUGCUGGGUCAGUUUCUCCCAUGGCUGAUUUAUCUGAUUCUUGAUCUUUGUUCAGUAGGUGGGAGAUGUACUCAUAUAUUUAUCCUAACCCAGCUCAUUUUAACUGAAAUAGCAAGUUUGUGAAUUAGUUUUCCAGCAGAUGGGACAGGUAGUAAUAUCUAGAUGGGAAAAGAUUUGAAAAACUGUAAGCAGUACAGCUGCAUAAUCAAGCUCUCACUGUAUCAGCACAGCUUACAUGAAUGGAAGUGAAGUAAUGGAAAAUGGAGUCCCAACCACUGCCUACCAGCAGUUAAUAAAAACCACUUCAACAAGUUUGCUGACAUUGCAUGCCAAAAUGUGUAUCAGUCAUCACAUCAUUCUGGUAUCCAGAAUGGUAUCUCAGUAUAGAGAAAUACUUUUUUUUUCUUCUUCUUCUUCCCUUAAGACUUAUAUAUGAAGUCCAAUGAUAACCUAGUUUAUACCAUCCUUGCCUCAGGAGCUUUCUUUUUUUAAUUAGAGCAUAGUCUUUAAUAUAAUGGUAGAAUUUUGUAAAUUCAAAGUACUUGUUUAUCUGAAUUCUUUAAAUUGGUUUCUAAAAUAUGAGCACAGUUGUGUUUAGUAAUGAAAGUUGGCUCUUUGAAGUGGCUUUGUGCAUCUUACCGUUUAGGAGCAUCUUUGUUAAAAGAGAAUAAGCAAACUAGUAUUUUUAUAUUAUCCAUAAACUGAAUGCAUUGUUUAGCAUCUGCUUAUGAUCAGUGUUCUGUAAAGUAUAACUUCCAACAGAGGUGUAAAAAUUGAUAUAAUAGCUUGUUAGUGAGCUUCAGAAUUUUUAUUAAUCCAAAGUUUAAACAGCUAAAAUUGGGCUGGUAGGUUUGUAUUUUCAGUUCAGGCUUAGAUUUAAAAAGAUUCUUUUCUUUUCUCUUCCUCUUUCAGAUGUUGUAUUUUCUAUCAUACUGCAUUCUUCUCUUACGUGUUCAUGAUGAUCCUAGAAAGUUGGGUGCAGGUUCUGGCCCCUAUAUUCGUAUAUCCGAGAGGGAAUUACUGGCUUAUGGACCAUACGGCUCUUUUUUUUUUUUUUUUUUUUUUUUUUUUAAACAGCAAAGCAAAUGCUUUUUUGAAUUUUAUUUUAUCCAUAUGGACAGGUUGCAGAGAGCCAGUAGAAGAUGAAUACUUGAACAGUAAAUAGAAUUUUUUUCUUUUAACUUUUUUUAAACACUUGGAGUCUGUGAGUUUUUCUUUAAGCAAGUGCGCUGUUGUCCCAGCUUGCUGCUUUUAAGUCUUGUAGAAGGCAGUUCUUCCACCUUCCUGGAAACUUUAAUCAUUCAGCACUCUUUGUUUGGUCUAGCUGUACUCAGGGAAGUCAAGUGAUUUAGUAAACCUAUAAAAGUAAUACUUUUAUUUAAAGCUGCCUGAUGUAAUACAUUUCUCAGUUUUUUGUUUGUUUUCAAAGCUGGAUAUGAAUAUGGGAUAGAGAAUAAGCUAACAAGUAGCAUGAACAGAGGAAAAUACUAAAGGUGCAGGACAAAAGCAUAGGAGAGCAAAAUUCCUAAGUAGUAUUAAAGACUUUCAUUAUGAUGUACAUUUAGAAGUGAACCAAAGUAAAGCUAUACAUACAACUGUGUUCA